AUGGUUUCCGCGUCUAUCCGACAAGAAAUAGAAAAGCAAAAAAAGAAAGGAGAAACUAUUGCAGCCAGCCAAGGGAGACAGUCUAAGUCGUGUAUUUUAGUUUCUGCGGUUCCAAAACCCAUGGAGAGUUCGGAAUUCAAGGAGCUGGCUGCAAAAAAUUUGAUUAGAAAAGAGCGGUCUCGGUCUAUCGGCAGCGGCACUUUUGGUACUUACAGCGGAAUUCCUGUCGUUAUAAAACAUUAUAAAGAUAAACGUUACGCUCGUAAUAACAGCCACAAUUUGUCUCUCUUACAAAAAGAGGGAAAACAUGAAGCACGUGUUCUGCUUAAUCUGGGAGAUCAUCCAGGAAUUCCUCUUCUGUUUGGGGUCUCCCUAAAAGAAGUGCCUGUCAGUCUUGUGCUGAAGUUUCAUGGAAACGGGGAUGAGAGCCUUGCCGUUAACAAAGCGGCGAAGAACAAAAUAGUUUCACUAAAAAGAGACUGGAAUAGAAUUUUUUAUGAUACCGCGGAUGCUUUACAGCAUAUUCACAAGUGUAGAUUUGCGCACAAUGACCUUGAAACAAAUCAUGUUGUUUUAGAGAAACGUGAUGACCAGGUUCUUCACCCGGUCAUAAUUGAUUUUGGCAAAAGUGUGGCCUUCAGUAAGGCUAAUAAUCCCGUCCCCAAACCGGCCCAUUUAAAGGGGAAAUACAAGAACAGCUACAUUGCACCUGAACCUGUCGGCGGAACAGGGAAACCUUCGAUCGAAAGUGACGUGUAUUCACUCGCCUUCAUGAUCCAAUCAUUUGACACAAUUUUGAAAUUUCAAAAUACAGAUUUUAUUAAGCGCGCUUUGUCUAUCCAGCCUGUGGAUAGACCGUCGGUCUCCGAGGUAAAAGCGGCUUUACACCCCGCUUUGUAG